AUGGCAGAAAGGGACCAAGAAGGGAAGUUGCUGGGUUCAGCUGAUCUCUUGAACAUCUUCAACGGAGAUCAUGAAAAUAGGGCAAAACCGGUCACAAGUUCGCUCCCGAUGAACGGUGGAAAUGGCAUUUACAGCUACUCCAAGAACUCCUACUACCAGAAACAAUCUGCUGGAGUUGAGAGAGAAAAAAUCAUUGAGGAAAUAAGAGAGAAGCUUGAUAUGAAAACACACUCUUCUGUUUCAAACACCAUUCGUCUUGCAGACUUGGGAUGUGCCACUGGACAAAACACUUUCAUGACUAUUCAAACUAUACUAGAAGCUAUGCAACGCAAAUACAAAUCCCAAAUAUCCCAAUCAUGCCCGCAUGAUUCUGAUGAUCAAAUGCCUGAGUUUCAAGUCUUCUUUAACGACCUAGAGUCAAAUGACUUCAAUACCCUCUUCACCUCUCUCCCACAAGACCGGCAAUACUUGGCAGCAGGAGUGCCGGGUUCCUUCCACGGCCGUUUAUUUCCCGAGUCGUCUAUUCACUUUGUGCACACCUCAUUUUCUCUCCACUGGCUCUCCAAGUUGCCAGAAGAGCUGCAGAACAAAGCCUCUCCGGCGUGGAACAAAGGGAGGAUCCACUACACGAGCGCCCCAAAUGAAGUAAUUGAGGCUUAUGCUUGCCAGUUUGCGGAGGACAUGGAGAGGUUUUUGAAUGCGAGGGCUAAAGAACUUGUGCCUCAAGGAAUGAUGGUGAUGAUCAUGACUGGCAUUCCCAAAGGGAUGCCUCAUUCUCAAAUUCCAACGGGUAUGUUGUACGAUUCUAUAUCGUCUAGCCUCAUGGAUAUGGCCAAAGAGGGAAUAAUUGAAGAAGGUGAAGUGGACUCGUUCAACUUGGCAUUUUAUGCAGCCUCCCCAGAGGAGAUGGCUGGGAUAGUGGAGAAAAAUGGGUGUUUCGAGAUAGAGAGAAUGGAGCUGACAAACCCAGCAGCAUGGAUGAAAGGUCCCGUUGACAUACCAUCUCUGGUGACGCAUGUAAGGGCGGCGAUGGAGGGAAUGUUUUCCAGACACUUUGGAAGUCAGGUCAUGGAUGAAUUGUUCGGAAGAUUGACCCAUAAACUUCUAGACAUUUCCGACCUCAUCAACUCCACAUGCCAGGAGAAAGUUCAGUUGUUUGCUGUUCUUAAGCGUAAAUGA